UUUUUGCACACUGUCGUUCGCUGUGAAUGGUUAAAUUACUCUAUUAAGUGGCAUUUUUGACAGCCGGCGAGCUAAAAACAAGUAAAACUUUUGUGUGAAUUGAACAAAAAACAACAGACAGACAUGGAGCCAUCGCUGGAUAAUUUCAAGCUGAGCUGUGAGCUGCUGGGGCACAGCAUGGACGUCCGUGCCGUAGCAGCUGGAGGAGUGUCUCCUCAAGGAGGACAGGUCAUUCUCUCUGGAUCGCGAGACAAAAGCACAAAGUUGUGGCGUCCAAGUGGAAACGAGUAUAUUGAGAGUCUGACCCUGCAGGAUCACAAGAACUUCAUAUCUUACAUCUUCUACCUAGAGUCUGAGCAGUGGAUAUGUACCGCCAGCAACGAUUCGACCAUUUGUAUUUAUAAACAUGACGGUCUUGUUCCUUUGAUCACCCUGAAGGGUCAUGGAUCGACGGUGUGCGCCCUUGCUGGAGGAUUAAAGUCCCGCAGCAUCAUCAGUGGCAGCUGGGACAAGACAGCCCGGGUGUGGUCAAUCAGUGAGACGGGCGAUGUUACAUUCAUAACGCUGGAGGGCCAUGAGGCUGCGGUCUGGGCUGUCGCCACUCUGAAAGAGCAGCAAAAAUACGUUACCGGGGGAGCUGACAAAUGCAUCUACUACUGGAACGAGAAGGGCGAAAAGUUGCGGCUGCUCAAGGGCCACACGGACUGUGUUCGUGGCCUGAUUGCCCUGGAGGCAAAUACCUUACUCUCAUGCGGCAACGACGCCAUACUGCGUUUUUGGAACGAGGACGGCGAGUGCGUCCGGGAGUUGAGUGGCCACUCGAACUAUAUCUAUGCGAUGGCCAGAAACACAGCUCUGGGAGACCAGGUGGUGGUCUCCUGCGGCGAAGACAGCACCCUGCGUAUGUGGAAUGUGAUUACAGGCGAUGAGCUGGGAGCUCCCAUUCUGCAUCCGGCCAUUUCAGUGUGGUCUGUGGCGUGUUUACAAAACGGAGAUAUUGUCACCGGCAGCAGUGACGGAGUAGUUCGUGUCUUUAGUCAGGAACCGGCGCGACAGGCCAGCGAGGGAAUCAGAAAUGCCUUCGAUCUUGCAGUGUCCACAAGGAAAUCGCAGAUAAACGAGGAGAUUGGCGGUGUAAAGAAAACUGACCUUCCUGGCCCCGAGGCACUGUUGUCCAAUGGAACUCGCGAGGGUCAAACAAAGAUGGUGCGCCAUCCUGACGGCUCAGUAAAGUGCUACAGCUGGGAGAUGGGCAAUUGGAACCUGGUCGGAGACGUCACCGGAGGCGCUGGGGGAACACAAGCCAGUUCCGGUAAGAAAAUGCACGAGGGUAAGGAGUACGACUUUGUGUUCAGCGUGGAUAUCUCCGAUACGGAGCCACCAAUCAAACUCCCCUACAACCGUGGCGAAGAUCCCUGGCAGGCGGCGCAGUCUUUCAUUCACAAGAACAACCUGCCGCAGGCAUACCUUGACCAAGUCGCCAACUUCAUAGUGACGAACUCCAACAGUGCACCCGUGCUGAGCCAGGCACCCACUGGCUAUCAGGAUCCAUUCACUGGCGGCUCCCGGUACGUGCCCGGAUCAAGUAACACAAACGUUCCCAGCGGAGGAAAUGUCGAUCCAUUCACAGGAUCUUCCAGCUACUCAACCGGAACCAGCGCCAACCAGUCGCGCGUGGAUGUAAAUUUCGUAAAGUCCGGAGACAAACACUUCCCAAUCAGUAACUACCGCACUUUUGAUACAUGUGAUGCCAACAAGGUGCUGGAAAAGUUAAAAGAAUUUAAUAACAAGAUAUCCACCAGCGAUGGAAAAGUGGGAGAGGAGAUUCUUCUGGCUGUAAUAAAACUCACAGAGCAGUCCCCAGAGCUGGACCUAACCUCGUUGGAAGCUCUGACCAUUCUUUUGAAGUGGCCUGAAGGAAUGCUCUUUCCCGUCCUAGACAUUCUUCGUCUGGCAGUCAGAAACGAAGCAAUUUUCAGCAUUCUUCACAACACCCACAACUUUCUUAGCAUUGUGAUUCCCCACCUGGGCGGAUCGGCAGCCAACCAAUUAAUGGUGAUACGAUGUUUAGCCAAUAGCUUGGGCCACACCACCGGACGUCUGCAUAUCGAAAAGCAACUGCCGGAGAUCACUGAUUUAAUAGCCGGGAUCAAGGCGGGAAGUGCCAAUUUGCAGAUUGCCGUCGCCACAUUUUAUCUCAACGUGACCAUUUCACAGAUCCUUGGCGUGGCCAAGGGGGAAGUGUGUCAUGUUGUUACCUCGGGUGUUGUUGAGCUUCUUAAAUGGGCCAAGGAUCUGGAAGCCUGCUACCGCUCCAUGCAGGCCAUCGGAAACCUGACCACCACUCCAUGCGGCCAAGAGACUAUCGCUCAGGUGAUUUCCGUUGACUAUGUGAUGGAUAAGCUGCGGGAGCUGACCAACACUCCGCAGGGAGAGAACUUUAGCAAAGUGAACUCAGUCGGCCAGGCCCUUUUGGCCGCAUUUUAGGAUGCACUGGAUCACGGUUUUUAGGAUCUGUCUAAAUUAUAUAUAUAUUGGAAAAAGCUUUUUUUAAAUAAACAACAAUAAACUCUAAUCUAUAUGAGCCUUGGAA